CCCCGAGCGAGGAGCGCCGCUGGAUCCCCGCGCAUCCCGCUCCGGUGCUGCUGAGGGGCUACACCGGUGGAGAGGACACUGACAGGGUGGCAACGCUGCCAUGGCCAACCUGACGGCCCUGGUGGGCGCCGGGAGGAACUCGUGCACCUUCCACGAGGAGUUCAAGCAGGUGCUGCUGCCCCUGGUGUACUCGGUGGUGUUCGUGGUGGGGCUGCCCCUCAACGCCGUGGUCAUCGGGCAGAUCUGGGUGGCGCGCCAGGCGCUGAGCCGCUCCAUGAUCUACAUGCUCAACCUGGCCGUGGCGGACCUGCUCUACGUCUGCUCCCUGCCCCUGCUCAUCUACAACUACACCCAGAAGGACUACUGGCCUUUCGGGGACUUCACCUGCAAGUUCGUCCGCUUCCAGUUCUACUCCAACCUCCACGGCAGCAUCUUCUUCCUCACCUGCAUCAGCGUCCAGCGCUACCUGGGCAUCUGCCACCCCCUGGCCUCGUGGCACAAGCGGAAGGGGAAGAGGCUGACGUGGCUGGUGUGUGCCGGGGUGUGGUUCAUCGUCGUCGCCCAGUGCCUGCCCACCUUCGUCUUCGCCUCCACGGGCACGCAGCGGAACCGCACGGUGUGCUACGACCUGAGCGCCCCGGACCGCUCGGCCGCCUACUUCCCCUACGGCAUCACCCUCACCGUCACCGGCUUCCUGCUGCCCUUCGCCGCCAUCCUGGGCUGCUACUGCAGCAUGGCCCGCAUCCUGUGCCAGAGGGACGAGCUCAUCGGCCUGGCCGUGCACAAGAGGAAGGACAAGGCCGUGCGCAUGGUCAUCAUCGUGGUCAUCGUCUUCUCCAUCAGCUUCCUGCCCUUCCACCUCACCAAGACCAUCUACCUGAUAGUCCGCUCCUCCGACGGCGUGCCCUGCCCGGCCCUGCAGGCCUUUGCCAUCGCCUACAAGUGCACCAGGCCCUUUGCCAGCAUGAACAGCGUCCUGGACCCCAUCCUCUUCUACUUCACCCAGCGCAAGUUCCGCGAGAGCACCCGCUACCUCCUGGACAAGGUGAGCUCCAAGUGGCGCCACGACCACUGCGUCACCUACGGCUCGUAGGGGAGGACGGGGCCACCUCAGCGACAGCAUUUUGACUUUUCAGCCCCAUGGCUUCAGCUGGGGACGUUCUGGAGGACAGGAGGACGGCAUCUCCCGAGCUUCCAGCACUGUCAUCCCAUCUCCAGCCCGUAGCGGCGCAGUAUUAACCCACCACAGUGUCCUCUCCCUGGCUCAGUUGCUCAGCUGGAGCAGCUCAGCACCACGUUUGGUGGCCAAGCCACCAAUGCAAUAAAAAUCCACUGGAGAGUGUGGUGGGUCCCUGGCUCAGGAGGAGCUGCUGGGGGACAACUUCUCCCCCUACUCAAAGAGAAAUUCCCUGGUGGGAAGGUGAAAAGGAGACACCCUCUCCCAGGCUGGGGAGGGUUUAAGCUCAACUCAUUACCUGUCUGGCAGUCACGGGCCCACGUGUUUCUCCAGCUCAAGAUCCGUGUCGUGGAUGUUUCUUGGACGUCCCCAAACCCCAGUCCCCUGAAUGGGGCCACACCAGCAAGAGGCAGGGACCCACUGGUGUCACUGGUGCUGCAAAACGGUGGCAGGACAUCGCUGACCAGACUGGGGACUGGGAAAGGGGAUGUAUGGGUAACUGGGACAUUACUUGGGUUUUCCACCCAAGCCAUGACCAUGGGCUGGGUCAGACAGAAGCCAGCAACAUUGUCACAUGCGUGGGGACCUUCAGCAUCAUCUGAGUCCAGCUCCCUGCUUAGCCCAGCACCCCAAACCUGGCCCAUCCUGUCGUCUGUGGUGCCCUGCUGUCACCUCCAAACCAGGACCCACCAAAAUCAGAGCCAGCACACCUGGACACAACACCUGGAGUUGGGAACCCCAUGUCCCUGAGCUACUCAGUGUCCUCAGCCGUGUCACUGCACGUCCCACCUUUGGCGUGGCCCCUCCACUGCUCCCACACUGCACUGGUGAUUGAGCUUUGCUCCCACAGCCUCUGGAUGCUGCUCCCUUCUAGCAGGGAGGGACUGGUGAGGUGGACACCCCACUAAUCGCUCUGCCAGUCUCCUUUAAGGUGUAGGAUGCACGGAAUAAGGCUCCCCCUCUCCUCGCUGCCUCUGCACACCCACUGUAUGUGCAUCCAGAGAAUAUCUGUGAGCAGGGGGAGGGCUGGGCCCAGCACAGGCUCCACCUGAGCACAGCAUAUGUAUCUAUAAGUGUAUGUGUGUAUAUAGAGUAUAAAUACAGAGAUAUAUAUAUAGA